AGUGAGAAAGAGAAAGCAAAAAAGAGCAAGGGGAAAGCGGCAGCUAGCGUUCUUACUUGGCCUUCUCCAGAAUUCUCUCCGUGUCUUCCAGCCACGUGGCUGGUCAAAUCCCCCGGGUGUAUGGCCGCUCGCCGGACGGUGGCUUCCGGCCGGCCAAAAUGUGCGGCUCUUAUUGCUGCCACGUUGUCACCGUUAGUAAAUCUUCAUCACAUCUUGUCGGUUAAAUUUUGUCCAACCUUCGUGCAUCAUUACUUGGCAAAAAGAAGAGAAGAGUAGAAGGAACUUUGAAAUGAAGAAAAAGCCGAGAGCUUUCACUUUCAACUGACGAAGAGUUCCUUGAACAACCAUUGCCAAAACUUGCACGCCAUUCCUUCCAUCUCCUGGAAUAAACAAACCCUUCAUAGAGUAAACAAACACAGCCCAGAUAAUACUUAAUUAUGGCGCUUCUCGUGUCCACCACAUGCUCGACCAAAUUCCCUACUACAGCACUACCAACGUCCUCUUUUCCCUCUAAAGCUUCGAUCUUUUCGCCCGCCAGAAGCUCAAACGCAGCGAGGAAGCUGCCCAACAAACCCCAUCAUCGCUUCGUAUCUCCUCUUCGCGUCGCGGCGCCUGCUUCUCCAUCUGUACAGCGGGAAGAAGAAAAGGAAGAGAAGCAUGGAGAAGGAGAUUACGGAGUUGAAGAGGAAGUUGGAGAAGAUGGUGAUGAUGGGAAGUUCGUCUGGCGGGAUCAUUGGUACCCAGUUUCUCUGAUCGAAGAUUUGGACCCUGCGUUGCCUACCCCUUUCCAGCUUCUGGGUCGAGACUUGGUCCUCUGGUUCGACCGCGCUAACGAGGAAUGGGUCGCUUUUGAUGAUAAGUGCCCUCACAGGCUUGCUCCUCUAUCUGAAGGCAGGAUCGACGAAAAUGGGCACUUGCAAUGUUCAUACCAUGGAUGGUCAUUCAACGGCUGUGGAUCUUGCACAAGGAUUCCACAGGCGAUGCCAGAAGGUCCUGAAGCUCGUGCGGUGAGAUCUCCAAGGGCUUGUGCUACUAGAUUCCCUACUUUGGUCUCUCAAGGCUUGCUCUUCGUUUGGCCUGAUGAGAAUGGCUGGGAGAGAGCUAAAUCGGCCAAACCCCCAAUGUUGCCUGAUGACUUUGAUAAGCCUGAAUUCUCGUCAGUGACGAUUCAGAGAGAUCUGUAUUAUGGGUAUGAUACCUUGAUGGAGAAUGUUUCUGAUCCUUCUCACAUUGAUUUUGCUCAUCAUAAGGUGACUGGAAGGAGAGAUAGAGCCAAGCCAUUGCCAUUUAAACUGGAAUCCAAGGGGUCCUGGGGAUUUGCUGGGGCAAAUGAAGGUAACCCGAGGAUCACCGCGAAGUUCAUUGCACCCUGUUAUUAUUUGAACAAAGUGGAGAUAGACACAAAACUUCCUUUCGUUGGAGAUCAGAAAUGGGUGAUAUGGAUAUGCUCUUUCAAUGUGCCAAUGGCACCAGGAAAAACCCGUUCAAUCGUUUGCAGUGCUCGAAACUUCUUCCAGUUCUCCAUGCCCGGGCCAGCAUGGUGGCAGGUAGUUCCGAGAUGGCAAGAGCAUUGGACAUCGAAUAAGGUAUACGAUGGAGACAUGAUUGUGCUUCAAGGCCAAGAGAAGAUCUUCCAGUCACUACAAGAAAGCUCAGAAGGAGAUGUAAACAAGCAGUACACCAAAAUCACAUUCACACCCACUCAAGCUGAUCGAUUCGUCUUAGCAUUCCGCAACUGGCUGAGGCGCCACGGCGAACCAGAAUGGUUCAGUUCUACACCUUCCCAACAGCCUCUGCCCUCCACAGUUCUCUCAAAACGUGAGAUGCUGGAUAGAUUUGAGCAGCACACCAUGAAAUGCUCAUCCUGCAAAAAGGCAUACUCAACAUUCCAAACCUUGCAGAAGCUACUAAUCGCCAUGACUGUUGCUUUCUGUGGUACUGCUGGCAUUCCUUCUGAGAUUCAGUUCCGGGUUCUGCUUGCUGGCUUGGGUUUGACAUGCGCAGCUGCUGCUUAUCUACUCAAUCAGUGGGAGAAGAACUUCGUGUUCGUCGAUUAUGUACAUGCUGAGAUAGAUUAGAUCUUAAAGUUUUUGCCUUUCGAAAGAAUGUAACAUGAGAUUAGCUUUUCCACCAGUCACAAAUUAGAGAAAUUUAGACAUCACUCUACUAUUCUUAUAAAACUGUAAGCAAUAU